CCGAGUGGCAGCAUUAGCUUUUACUUUGAAUUCCAUCCAAAAACAACUGAAAUGGGAAAGAGCUGUUGUGCCGUUUACUGUACAAAUAGAUUCAGCAAGAAUUCGGAGUUAUCUUUUUACAGACUACCGAAAGCUAAAGAAAAGAGAAGCAAAUGGAUCACUGCAAUUCACAGAAACAACUGGAAUCCAGGCACUGAAGCGUGGAUUUGCAGUUCCCAUUUUGUUUCAGGUAAAAAGAGUGAUGAUCCCCUACACCCUGACUACGUGCCAAGUUUAUUCAGUUUCACCUCCACCACUGAUCGAAAUCUGGCUGUCAGAAACCUGGAAAGAUUUCUCCAAUCUCAGAAAGUUUCUGAGAAAAGACCUAUCAGUAGAGAGCUAGCUGCCACAGCUCUUCUGAACCUGCGAAGUCCUGUAUCAGAAGCAGAGGUACAGACUGAGGAGACAUACAAUGACAUCACCUCAUUACAUGAACAGAUUAAAUCUUUAAAUGCUGAAUGUCAGUCACUGAGAGAUAAAGUUCACAAAUUAGAAAGUGAGCUGAAACAUCUUACUCUUGACUCUUCACAAUUUGAUGACAGCAAAAUGAAAUUUUUCACAGGACUACCCAAUUUACAUACUUUCAUGUUAUUGUUCAGUUAUGUGUCAUCAGUUCUUCCUGUUGCUGCUAAACAGUCCCUCAAGCCUACUCAGGAACUACUUCUUACACUAAUGAAGCUGCGCCUCAAUCUGUCUGAGGAAUUAUUAGGCCACCUCUUCAGGAUUCAUCAGUCAACAGUGUCAAGAAUCUUUCGCCGUUGGAUAUAUGUCAUGGAAAACAGGCUUGAUCCUCUAAUAUCAUGUCCGGAAAGGGAAGAUUUAAUACGCAACUUACCAAGGUGUUUUCUGACAUAUUUUAAGAAAAAAAACGUGACGCCAGAUGUGGCUCAUGACGGUAAUCCGUGUGUAUAAGGACAUGAAUGCUGCAGGCAACCUAUGAGUUAUGCUAAUAGUGUUGUCUUUAAAGGACAAAUUGUUUUAUAUUCCUAAUGCAAGCAACUUUUGUUUCGAUGCUGUUUGAUUUUGUAUUCUUCUGAUUUAUUUUCUCGUAGGUAUGCUACUCAGGCAUCCAGGCAUAUAGAUAAUCAGUCAUCACAGGCACAGGAAUACGGAAAGCAGAAAGAGACAAAAAUGUCUAGAAAAUUUUCACCAUUCACAGACUUUGACACAAGUUUGUAAAAAUUUUUAGCUCACAAAUUUUCAGCAUUGGGAACAAGGACUGGACCAUAUAGUGUGAGAUAGACGAAGAACAGUGACAGAAAUCUUAGCAUGUUAGAAUUGUGUUUCCCUGCCUAUCUUGACAACUACAUUUUCAUGACUGAUGGGAUGGCUGAGUCCUCUCUGAAUGGUGAUCCACAGCUGUACAGAGCCUGCAUGUAGGUGUGUGUGUCUGUGUAAAAGAAUUUUUCCUGUGUGGCCCAUUGUGCCACUUGGGAUGCAACAAGUAUAAAUCAGGUGUUGUUACACAAAACACCAUCCUAGACUCAACAUUCAAAGGCCUACUGUUUAGAUUAAGAAAUUAUAGAAAUCUCCACAUACAAGAAAGAGGAAAUCUCCCUCUAUCCAAUUACCCAAUGGUGCUUGGUCCAACCACAGGAGGGCACCAUCUGCAAAGUUCAUGUAAAAUGGGUCUUAUUUUACCCCAGUCAAAAGAAGACCAGCACGUACUGUCUGCUUUGGUGACCUUGAGAGAGCAAUGUUUCAUCACUUCUUGGUUCAUGCGGCUUUCCAGUCCAGCAGAUGGUUUCCAAGGAAUCAAAGGCUGAAAUUUCAGAUUGUUCUUUUCAUCUUUGUGUUGCUUCUCCUGACACCACAGUUUUACAUUCUGACAAGGCCCAAGUCUUCUCGCUACUGUGACAAACCACUUCUGAACAAUCUCAUAGCCCUCAUUGUAUUCUCCUUCAUGGCCACAGGUUUAGCAGUGACUCUUACUCUCACUGACCCAGUACCCAAGAGUAUUAGAGCAGCUUACCACACAUUCGGAGUUCUCUCAUUCACCCAGGGACUUUGUACCAUUAUUCUGACCUACAAUGCUCCCCAGUGUGUGAAUACCACGCCAGAGCUGUAUCUCUUUUCACUGGUACUUUCAUGGGCUUGCAUUCUUUCUUCAGCAUUCUUCCUGAUAAGAGGGUGUCUUUGGCUGAUCCACCGAAUGUGUCCGAAUUGGUUCAGAGACACAUGCCUCUGGUCUGGUGUGUGAGGUACCGUUUGGCUGUCUGCACCAUACAAACCCAUCUAUUAUUCAAACCUUUUCUGCAUCAGUGCCAGAGCUUCAGAUGGGUGUUCAGUUGAACCUGUUUAGAUCCUAUUACUAUAGAUAUUUCCUUACAGUGCUGGCUAUGUGACAGUAAGGGAAAGUGAAAUGUCAUUCAUAGCCACUAAGCCAGAG